CGCAUCUCGACCGCGUAGGACGCCCACAAUUCAUGCUCGCACCGCUCAAUCUCUGCCUUUGCUAUCUAGCACUUGGACGUCGUAGCAACGCUGCAUAUUCUCUUGUCUGGCCAUGGGUUGAGUUCAUACGUUUGGUCUUCGAGCUUGAUAUCGAUAAAUUGGUCAGGCUAUGGCGCGACGCGCCCGUGUGCAGGUCAAUCAGCUUUCCUGCGCAGCAGACCAGCUGCAGCCGAAACCUUUAUUCAGAAAACACUUCGCUUCUAAACCAGCACAAGUCAAUCAGCUUCAACGCGCAGCAUGCCAUUUGCAACUGGAACCGUCAUUCACAAAAGUAUCUUAUGGAGAAGUGCAGGGUUCAUUUGACCCUCCUCUAUAUAGCAAAGAAUGGCUGCACGUCAUACCAACCUUUCGAGGCAGAAAUCGCUGGAUAGCUCGUGGCGUGGACCGUGCGACCGUAGGAGAUGUUGCUCUCGUGGAUGCCAGCGCUAGAAAUGAUUUGCGCUCUGUAGCGAUCCGUGAAGCAGACUAUAGUCUUGCUCUUCAGCGACUGCGCGUCAGCCAAGCACAUGAACGCUCGUUGAAUGAGAAGCUCGCCUCUCUGCAUAGAGGCGAAUAUCUCGUCGAGAAGGGCCUUCUUUUUGCUCGUCUCCUGAUUGCAGACAUUGAUUCCAUUGCGCAAUGGUUCUCAUCUACUCCACCUCAUAUAUUUGCUCCUCUGAGAGAGCUUCACGGGCAGAUUUUAUCUGACUUGUUCGACCUGAAACACGAAGUGAAUGCUUUGAGUAGCGUGCUAAGAGUUCGACUAAACCAACAUUUAGGGGCAGAUACAAUACGACACAUGGCGGUCAUGCAUAAACUGGCGAUUCCCAUUCGGAAAGAACACCACAAGAGAUAUGCCAUGAAAAAGUCAAUACGGCGCAUUUGGAAACAAACACGGUCUCCUGGCGACUAUAGCGCCGCCGCGCUAGAUGAGAACGACGAAUUUUAUGACUUCACUGAAGCAAGUGUGCGCGGUGACCGAGAAGACCUCCAUGCCUUGGAGAUUCACGAAGAUGUCCAGAGAACACUCGCGCUCGACCGUGAUCCAGCUAGAUGGAUAGCCACAAGUUUCAACAUGUGGUUUGAACACGUUAUGCAACAGAGAUGGCUAUCACUCCGCCGCGUAAUAUACCCCCUAAUAAAGUUUGCCAAUUCGGACGAAACUACACCCAACCAAAAGCGUAUGCGAAAGCUUGCGCAUGAUUCUUUCAGACAGAGAUUGGAUGAACAAGAAUUCCGACUUCCGAAACCGUAUGGACAGGACGGCUUCCACGGCCAGGACUUGUUCACGCUCGUGCGGGAGUUGCAGUGGAUCCGCAACUACCGUAUCGAGAGGUUCCCUGAGUCCAUUGGGAAGGAUGAAAUCCGUUUGGCUCGUGACUUCUACGGACACAUGCGUGGGGCGCUUUACAGCAGAGCCCACAACGAGGAUGUGCACCGCUACUGGAGGAUGAAUUACAAGCGCUUCGCUCGUCAAUCUGGCCAUGACAAGGACCAGGUGCAGGGGAUGGAGGGUGGGGGAGGCAGAGGGGAGGGGGUGGGGCACGGAGAGGUUGUGGGUGGCGGCAUCGAAAGCUCACCCAGAGGCAACCAAACGAUGCCGUACAACACAAAUACUGCCAGGAAGCCUCCCGAGGCCCACGUGUCGAGAAAAGCCGAGUCGAGACGUGUUAUCAGUAUCGAAAGCUCUGAGUUUCUCGCCACAGCUGAACAACCCCAACGCGAGGCGCCAGCUCUGGUCAUGGCGUUCCAGGCCUCCCAGGCUUUCCAGCGCGCACACGCGAAGCCCGUCUCCCACGCCUCCUCAAGCCUCUCGACAGAUCGACCGACGGAACCUCAGCUGGCCGCUUUGCGUCCUAGUGAACCCGCCAUCCACGACCCCUUCGCUGCGAGAGAACGACCGGAAGCCCAAGCGUCGUGCCCCAACGUAGCGCCCAGAGCAAGCUACAAGGGUACAUAUAAGGCUGCGUCGAAAGUCAAGCGUACUGGGACGAGGAGCGCCACUCCUCCGAUAGCUGGAAAAAUUUCAAAAGCUAGAAAGGUGGGUGUUGGCACCAGACUUGCUAAUCUCCUCCACUUCCAAAAACGUUCGCAGCGUUGACGCUUCUGUGUUAUUGUUUCUGUUUCUGGUUCUGGAGGGAGAGCCUUGCAUUUGCAUCGUUCCGAGUACAACAAUCGGUGUUAUAUGGAUGGUGAGUGGGUUGUGGGCAGUAUUAUGUCUCUGGUUCUGGAGUAAGUGUGCUAGUUCGCCAUUUGGACCAGCAUAUCGAUAUCAUCUCGCGCCUUUGUGCGAUCAUAGGAUAUCUAUAUCUUUUGACAUUUUCGGCACCUUCUCUCUGCUUCAAUUACACGUACUUGAACAAUUUGGUUCGAGCUGCGCUGGAGAUUCUCAGCCCGUGUUAUAUCCGAUCCGGCGGCUGAAUGUCUGCCAUUGCUAGCUUUGGUAAUAUGGGAAAAGAGAAUCGCAUACGCCCAACCAACCACACUUUCCACACUUUCCAAG